CUCAUUUAUAUUUGAGGUUAUCGUUAUUUUAAAUGAAGUUUUACUUCAAGAUAUUUUUGGUCAUACUGAGUGACAUACCAUCCCACUUGUACGCCUUUUAACCGGCGCCAAAGGUUUCAGUUCAUACUCCAAUCCAGAAGGUGGUGCUAACGCACCUGAAGUCAGCUCCCCGUGCACUGUUCACCAAAGAAGAGCAGCAAAAAGGAGACAAUAAACGAAGUGGAUCUUCAAUACCGCAACACUGAGACGGUCUUUUGAAUUAAACCCAGAAAUUAAACCCCUCGAAGUCUAUCAGCACCAGGGGAUCGAUUAAAAACGAGAUCGCUGAUGUUUAAUAGCUGUCGGUGAUUAAAGAAGUUCCUCAUGAGCGAAACCCCAGUCUGGACCAGCAUGAACCCGGAGACCCUCCACAUAAAGGAGGAACAGGAGGAAAUCUUGACCAGCCACGAGGAACAGCAGAGUAGUGGUCUGGAGGAGGCGGAUAUCAUUAAGGUCAUAAUCACUGCAGUUCCUGUGAAAACUGAAGAUGAUGAAGAAAAACCUCAGUUCAUACCCUUUCAUCAAAGCCAAGCUGAGGACAACAGAGAUACAGAGCCUGAGAGCGAUGGACCAGAACCGAGCAGUGACCCGGAUCUUCAAAGUGAGUUUAAACCUGAUGCUGAUGAAAAGGCUUCAGACUAUUCUGAGACUACUGAUGAGUCUGGACCUGAAAACGAAGACAGCGAUGGCGGCUGGAAGGAGGGCAGGGCACUGGAGUCAGACUUAAAUAUGGAUGUGGAUUGUAAUGCGGCAAAAAAAUUCUUAAGCUGCACUUUGUGGGGUCAGCAGUUUAUCUACAAGCAGUGUCUUCAGAAACAGCUGACAUGCCAUUCAGGACAAACUCCUUCCAGCUGUUUGGUUGAUAACAGCUGCGAGGUAAAGCAAAACGUAGAUUCCCAGGUGGUGGCCCCAACAGGUGUGAAACAGUUUAUCUGCGAGUUGUGUAGUGAAGUAUUUUACCGAAAAUCAGAAUUUAAGAGGCACAAGAAAAUGCACAACGGGGGGAAGGCAUUCAGCUGCGACUAUUGCGGUAAAGGAUUUAACCGAACGUCAGAUCUCAGGACACACAUGAGGGUCCACACAGGUGAGAAACCCUUUAGCUGUAGUAGCUGUGGACAGAGAUUCAACCAAAAGAUACACCUUAAGACGCACAUGAGAAUUCACACCGGAGAGAAGCCGUUUGUUUGCGAGGAGUGCGGUAAAAGGUUCAGCCAGCAGGGAAAUCUGACAACUCACAUGCGAGUCCACACCGGAGAGAAACCGCUAGCCUGCGAAGACUGUGGGCAAAGGUUUAACCAGCAGACGCAUCUUAAGGCACACAUGCGAGUGCACACAGGAGAGAAACCCUUUCAAUGUAGUGACUGUGAUAAAACGUUUAAACGAAAGACGCACCUUAAGACCCACAUGAGAGUCCACACUGGAGAGAAACCUUUCGGUUGCAAGGACUGCGGUAAAAGGUUUUACCGAAACACAGAUCUUAAGACUCACUUGAGAGUCCACACGGGAGAGAAACCGUUUGGAUGCGACGAGUGCGGCCAGAGGUUCAACCAAAAGACGCAUCUUAAGGAGCACAUGAGGCUCCACACAGGAGAGAAACCCUUUCACUGCAACAAAUGUGGCAAGAGAUUUAAUCGUAAGACGCAUCUUAACUCACACAUGAGAGUCCACGCAGAAUGAAAACGUCAAGGCUGCUCGGUUUGUUGUAAGAGAUUAUUUGCCGUGUGGAGGCAAGUCUGCAAGAACCACAGCAUUUUUUUAAUUGUCCUGUAACGUUUACGUUUUUUAAGCUUUCUUCAGUGCGUAGUUCAGAAUAUUUUAAACAAAAUGAUAUUUGCUUCAUCUGCUGGAUGUUUAAUGAAAUACUAAUGCUGAGGCUUCUUUAGUUUCCCUAAGCUAACCUCAGGUUUUGUUAUUUAAAGAACUCAAAUAGAAAACAACUGUACUGUUACUAAAAACACUUAAUUUAAGCCUGCGCUACGUAUUAACUCUCUGUUGGGCUCUGUUGUAUGUCAGUCCACACCAAUACUUGUGCUCGUACAAAGACUUUUUUAUAAUGUGUUUUGAUGUUUAAGCAGUGAGUCUGAAUGAAACUAAUCUGAACAGAAAACAUAAUUUAAAAACUGUUAUGGUGGAUUAUUAUGGUAGUCCCUAUUAGGGUUGGGCAAUUGGACGAAUAUAUCGACUAGUUUUACAAGGGCGAUUUAUUUAUUUGUUUGCCCAUGAGCAAGUUUGCUAAUAAUGAUGGAGCUAAUAGAAGCAGUCAACAGAAAAAAAAAUAGCACUGUUUUAACAGCACCCUCUUUCAUCUGCGAGCAAAUGCCCCCACCUCAGAGUGUGCCCAAGUGCUUGUUGAUGUGGCUGCAGAAGCUGUUGAUAGCCUAGCAUACUCAGCUGGAUGGUGGACACGUGCAUGCUCAUGCAAGUUAGUCGUGUUUGAGUACUUUGCUCGAACUAUACGUCUGCACAAGUGGCACACUGCUUUGGUUACAUCUUUAGGUUUACCUCUUUCAUCUGGUUUAAGGCCAAAGAAAUCCCAAAUUGGCAACUUUUAAUUUUUUAGUGCUGUCAGCGUUAACACUCCUUCAUCAUGACUAACGCGAUUUACAAUUAACCCAUCUGGAGCGCAGACUGAGUCAAAAUCCCUGAAAUGUCUCUGUCAACGCAUUUCGGCAGUUUGUCCUAAUUUUGGUCAUUCUGCGCUCCAGAUGGGUCGAGAGCGUUAAAAAUUUUAAUCGUGAUGACCGUGUUUAAGCCACGUUAGCGCUGACAGCGUUUUUUUGCUUUUUUUUUUUGGAAAUUAGUUCACCCAUGUUUGAACUUCUUCUGUGGUGUAAACGUGCAUGAUUACAUAGCCCCGCCCAUCAAGACAUCUGCGCACGCACGAAUAUAUGGCCCAUCGGCGAUUGUUGGACUGACGAUUGCCGGUUGGAAAAUUUUUACAUAUUGCCCAACCCUAGUUCCCAUGUAGCAUCACUAAACGAAUGUUUUUUUUUCUUUUACUAUGUGCUACUGGCAGGUUCACUGAAAAAUACUACUUUGUAAUAUAAUAUACAUUUCAGCCAAUCCUGUUUGUAAAAUGUAUGUACUGUAAUGUAAAUGACUUUCAGAUUCAGCUGCCUGUUGACGAGAACACUACUACAUGUACUGCUGUAUUUGCAUGUUGUCUCUCAAAGUGUUUUAUUAAAGGUGUGUUCCUGUAACGCAUCAGAAUGUUCUCAGACUUACCUUUUUGUUACAGUAACAGCAUAUGAUUCUUCUUCUUCAGUGUUUUGGUGAGACUGUCCUCAACAAAACAGCUGGAUUGUUUUUGUUUUUUUUAAUUAAAGCUGUCAUUAGGACUAGUUAGAUCUUAAAGGUAAGUGCAAAAUAUUGGCAGAACUCAAAAUCCUGUAGCCUAGAGACUGGAGGAGCUUGUUAACAUUUUCCAACGCUACCCGGAUGUUGUUUUAACAAGUUUAUCAGCAUGUGAGGUCAAGUCAUAUAACCUUCAUUGGAUGUAAUAAUAUCAAAUAUUUGCAAAGCACUUAAAAGUUAUAAAACCACACAUAAAGAUGAAUACAUGUUCCACAUGGGACGGGUGGGCAAAAAGAAGCUUUUGACCUAACUAAAGCUAAAGUUUAGUUAGGUCAAAAAUUCAAACUAUAAAUGCUCGAAAGGAAACAGGCUAUUUGUGUCCAGUGAAGGGAAUCCAAGGAACAGCUUACAUUAAUUAAGCUAAUGAUUAAGAGGAAGGAAAACUAUACAACUAUACAAAUGACUAUCAAAAGAAGAGUUAACCUAGGACCUGGCGUCUACAUAUGAGGUAAUCACGUUUUGGGUUAUUUAGACCAAAUACUCAAUUUUG